ACAGUUACCACAGCCACAAAGUCAUAAACCCCACCUAAUUUCUGUAAUUUAUCUUCUACAAAUAUAUAUAUUUUAAACCUAACCUUGGCAGUGUGGUUAACGUUAUGCAUAACCGUAAGCACAAGUUAAGAACAAAAAUACGUAGGUUUUUUUCAUAAAUAUUUUGUGUCUGUGGUAACUAGUGGAAAAGCAGGGCGCGAGCAUCACCGUGAUGUAUCAUGGGUAAAUUGUGACUGACUGAUGUACAAAUAAUAUUUAGUAGUUAUUCAUGAUGCACGGUGAUUUAUAGAUCAGUCAGUCUUGAAUCGCCUUUAGUCGGAUACGUUUCAUAAUUUCUUACGAAAUAGCAAAUGUUUAGCAUUGCAUUGGCUUUAUGUCUGGUUGCUAGAGUUUCUUGUUGACAGGUUAUUAUUUAGAAAAAAAUGCUAACACAAUUAGCUGUUUUGAUUUGGUGAUUGGAGGGGAUGCAACUUUUCCAAAACGGUAUGGAAUGACAUCAUUUGACUUUUUGCAGGAUGUUACAGAAAAGCGCGGGUAAACAGGCUAUAUUGUAGCAACAACGAGGUGUUUUAAAACAUUGUGUCAUUUUUUUCUGCUGCUUCAAAUGUCAAAGAAAGAUUUGGAAGAUGACAUAUGGGAAUAUAAGCCUCUCAAGAAGAAGAAAAGAAAGGACAAAGACACACCUGAAACUUUUAAUGGACCCAUGACUAAGUACAGACAAGCCUCAAAAAGUUUAACCAAAGGAGACACUUCUGUCCAAGUGAAGAACACAGUCAGAGAUGUGAAGCUCACCAAAGUAGCUCCAAAUAAAGCUCUCGGUGUGAAGGCAAAUGAGUCUAUUCAAAAUAAACUUUCAACUCAAAAUGUCGCCUUUCCACAGUCAACACAGGAUAAUGAUAGUACACUUACUGCUGGAGAGAACGUGCACCAGGCAUCUUCCACUGGAGGAAGUUACUGUCCGAUCUGUCAGAUGCCAUUCUCUAUAUUGGUGGUGCAAUCGCAAAGAUGGCAUGUCGCAGAAUGUCUUGACACUCCUGGGGAUGACCGCAAAGAAUGUCCCAAUGGUAUCCAGUGCGACUCCACCAUUCUGAGCCACUACCAGAGAUACAGCCACUCCCUGCUUGCCCACAGCCGAGCAACCAAUGAGGCGCCCUGCCUCAGCUUGGAGUUGGUAACCAAUGGCGGGGCCAAUUUAAGCUUGGAGAGCUCACAGGACAGCCAGAGUUCUUCUCCUAUUAACAGACACAGUGGAGCUACAUCCCCCACAAAGCCAAAUGCCCUUCUGCUGCUCCGGUCUCCUGCUCCAGAGGUAAUCCGAAAAAAGAAAGGCUGGUCACCUUCUACCAAAGGCAUGAAGUCUACCCUCCAAGACAAUAAAACAAAAGUAUCAACCCCCCAUAAGGACAAUAGUGGGGUUGAAGGCCUUGAUGGUGGUUUUGUCAAAGCAGAGCCCUCAGCUUCUAGUGAUGAUGAGAUCUCCUAUUCCCCCAUGUCUGAGUUUCCCCAAGAUAUAGAAGUUAAUGGGACACAAGAUGGGGAAAAUAAUGACUCAAUGUUGUUGUUCAGUGAUGGAGUCUCAAGUGAUGAGUCAUUUUCCAACCUUGUGGCUCAUUCUGAAACAGAUGAAGUUGUAGGUUCUCCAGUAUUCAGCGACAGCCAGGUGGUAUCGAUUGGCUCAUUAGUGCAUAGCAAUCACCUACCUAGCUUCUCAAGAGAAGAGCAUACAGAGGAUAACUGUAAUGCCUUCAGUGCUAAGCCUCCACUCCAGUCUGCAAAAAGUAUAGUAUUAGAAAGCUUACGGGAGAGCCUGUUCAGCCCAAGCAGCAAUUGCAGCCUACAUUCCAAAAGCUUGGAUCAGUGCCCCGCUCACACAAACACGGAGUUGAACAUGUCAUUACCUCAAGUGCCUCCAUCUUCCCAAGCUUCCCCCACCCAACAAUCUCAGGCAACCAUGACAACUAGCAAGGGCAAGGCCUCUGGGCUCAAACAGACAGACAUUGGGGUGUUUUUUGGGCUCAAGCCCCUGAAGGACAAAGGGAAGGAGCAAGAGGCUGGGAACGUUUUACCUGGGGUGAGUCUCCAUCAGGGUCCUGUACUUGAAGAGCGCAAAGGGGACCAUGGAGGACGUCAGAGGAAAGGCAGAAGUGCAAAUGCCACGGAGACCCCUAAAGUUGGAGUGAGAUCAGACGGUGGAAGUGCACAGACUCCAAGUGAGGGAGGUAGGAAGAGGUGGAACAGGGGGAGAACCGAUGGAGAGCAAAGGGAGUCCAAGCGAUGCCCGUUUUAUAAAAAGAUUCCAGGCACUAAGUUAGCUGUGGAUGCUUUUCAGUAUGGGCUGGUUGAGGGCAUCACCACUUACUUCCUCACACACUUCCAUUCAGACCACUAUGGAGGCCUGAAGAAGAGCUCUACAUUCCAUAUCUACUGUAACAGCAUCACAGGUAACCUGGUGAAGAGUAAGCUGAGGGUGGCUGAGCAGUACGUCCACAUCCUGCCCAUGAACACCCAGGUCACUGUGGAUGGGUUCAAGGUCACACUGCUUGACGCCAACCACUGUCCAGGAGCUGCCAUGCUGCUGCUGUUCCUGCCCGAUGGCCAGACUGUGCUUCACACGGGAGACUUUAGAGCUGACCCUUCUAUGGAGGCCUACCACGAGCUGCUGAGCUGCCGAGUCCAGACACUCUACCUAGACACCACCUACUGCAGUCCUGAAUACACCUUCCCCACGCAGCAGGAGGUCAUAAACCUUGCGGCCAACACAGCCGUCAUGUGUGUGACCCUCAACCCUCGCACUUUGGUGGUGUGUGGCUCCUAUUCAGUGGGCAAAGAGAAAGUAUUCUUGGCUUUGGCAGAGGUACUGGGCUCCAAAGUUUGCCUGUCCCGGGACAAGUUCAACACCAUGUGCUGUCUGGAGUCGGAGCGCAUCCGCCAGCUCAUCACCACCGACUGGAAGGCCGCAAAGGUCCAUGUGCUACCCAUGAUGCAACUGAACUUCAAAAACCUGCAGGCUCAUCUGAGUAGGUUCUCGGGGCAGUAUGACCAGCUGGUGGCCUUCAAGCCCACGGGCUGGACCUUCAGUCAGAGGGUGGAGGCUGUGGAGGAUAUCAAGCCUAUGGUCCAUGGCAACAUCAGCAUCUAUGGCAUCCCCUACAGUGAGCACAGCAGCUACCUGGAGCUGAGGCGUUUUGUCCAGUGGCUGCGGCCCCUCAAGAUAAUCCCCACAGUCAACGUGGGCAGCUGGGCUAGCCGGAAGGCCAUGGAGAGGUGCUUCAGAGAGUGGCUAACAGAGGCUAAUAAUGUUAAAGGAAUCUAAAACAGGACACUUCAGUGUUCAUACACAGUGAAAACAGUAUAUGACACAAUACUUGUUACCAAUUGGUUUAUUCGGAUCCCCGUUUGCUUUUGCCAAAGCAGCGGCUAUUCUUCCUGCGAUCCACACUAAAACACGACAAGUAACAAAACACUAAUAGACAAGAAUAGUUAUACAAAUUUAAAAUGCAACGAUAUACAAACAAUACAACUGAAGAAUAAUCUGUGUCUAAAUUAUGUUUGUUAGUGUGUGCCAUGAGAUGAUUUUUAUCAAUUCUUAAGGUAAUUUUGCUGUUUGUUUGGGUGAUGGGAGGUGCAUUGCCGUGAAUUUGUUUAGGACUUGGGGACUGUGAAGUGACCCCUGGUGACAUUUUGUGCGGUGUAUGGUUGUCUGAGCUGUAUGUCAUUUGAUUAUGCAGGCAAUCUGGGAUUUUCAUUCCUCAUAAAAACUAGAAGAGAAGCAGUUAAUCUCUUGUCAUCCAGGAAACACAGGCAUGCAUGUUGUUAUGUUGGGUAUGUGCAGUUAAAGGUAAGGCGUGCUGCUCUGUUUUGCUGCACUUAACCAUAUUAACAAACAGUAAUCACGAUGGGACAAGACCAGUUCCUGAACAACUAGUAUAGUAGAAAAAUGCAGAACAGAUUUUUGUAAACACAUACCCCUACCCAUCUUCACAAAUGUGUCAAUAUUACUUUGCCCAUGAUAACUGAACAUACAAUGUUUUACCCAAGUUUAGCUUCCUCAACUUGCUUAUGCACAACUCCAGUUGAGGUUUCUCUCUUAGACAAUGUUUUGAACCAAAUACAAUGAUUUUAGAUGUAUUUAAGACCAGUUUAUUAUUAAUCACCCAUUCUGAUACUACUAAGUCCUUAUUUAGAAUUUCAGUCAGCUCACUGGCUUUGGGUGCUGACAGAGUGUGGAAUCAUCUGCCUACAUAGUAAUUCUAGCUUCUUGUAAGACCAGUGGCAAAUCAUUUGUAAAAAUAGAGAAGAGUAACAGCCCAAGGCAACUGCCCUGAGGGACACCACACUGUACAUCUCUGAUGUUAUAUUGGAUAAAUACCUCUCCAGGUGAUGUAAAGCCUUAGCAAGUGAGUUUUUUUCCAAUAACAAUGUAUGAUCAAUAACAUCAAAGGCUGCACUGAAAUCUAACAAUACAGCUCCAACUAGCAUCUUAACCAUUUUAACAAUGCAGUUUGCUACCAUUCUCAAUAGUUUCACAUCAAGGUUGAUGGAUAACAAUACAUUUUACAGCUCUCUUAUCUCACUUACUAGCAAAGAUUAAGAACAAAAUGUGCAAACGUCUCUACAUGCAGCUCUCGCUUUGAUCUCAAAACAAGCGCAUCUACUCAUGACCGCUCACGCUGUAAACUCAGUUCAAAGUGAAUGGCACAGUCAGAUACAACGAGAGAGAGAGAGUUGCUACAGAACACUGAGGGGUGGGGGAGCUGCUCAAAUUUAUUUGGCAGAAACCAAAGUGUCCUCUGACAGGGAGGUUGUUAGAGAAAUCACUGGAUGAUCACUUGGGUCAACCAUGUUGUUUUUUGUUAUCUUUUGUUUUACCAUGUAAAUCAGAAUUUUAAUGUUAAAUCGCAUUAAACAGAUGGUGUGAAGUUA